AUGUUUUUCCUACUCUACGUGCUCAACGGCGUGAAAUCGCCAGAGGUGCUUGGCUUUCGCUUCUUUCACUGGGUUGUGGAUAUGCAGAACGACGCUGAGGUCGAGUCAUCGAGGCUGAGGGCCACAAGGGAAUCCCCUCACGUCGCCGACACGCCGGAACCGAUUGUAUUCGACCUUGGCAUCCGGCGAAACCUUGAUGAGUACCCAGCAGAUAUCCAGCCCCAUCUACAAACACGUCAGCCUAUCCAUACCGUGCCGGACGCGAGCGAGUCUCUCCGAAACGGAGGACUCGAGCCUUCUGACGUAGACAUCGUUGUUCUAAGCCACGUGCACUACGACCACGUUGGCGACCCUAGGGAAUUCACUUCGGCGCAGUUCAUGGUCGGGUACGGCACGCGGCACCUGCUUCAACAUGGCAUGAAGUACCACUCGGCGGCCAAGUUUGAGAAGGACCUGCUACCACCAGAUCGAACUAUUGAGCUCCCCGAGCCCGAACAAAAGCGCAGUCACGCAAAACCUAUAGAGAACUCUUGCCUGCCUACGCAUGGUCUGGACACUCUGAUCCGUGGCAUACAACAUAGGUGGAAGGCAUUUGGGCCAUUUCCCAAUGCUAUGGACUUAUUCGGCGACGGAUCUAUAUACAUUGUAGACAGCCCUGGCCAUCUCCCAGGCCAUCUUAAUCUGCUGGCACGCAUUGGGGACGCCUCAUGGGUUUACCUCGCUGGUGAUGCCUGCCACCAUCCCCGCAUCCUCCAUGGCGAGACGGGGAUGGCAACAUGGAUGGAAAACGAUAUGCAUGUCUGCAUCCACUCGGACAAGAGCUUGGCGGAAGACACGGUCCAGAGAAUUGCCAAACUUAUGAGGGAGGGCAUCCGAGGCGGGGAUCAAAGGCUACCACAAGCACAAGCCAAAGCAGCAACAAUGCAACUCCACGACGAAACCCUACUCACGCCCAACGCCGCCUUCAUGACCGGGGAAUGGGUCUCGGGGCCCACCCUCUUUGAAGUACAAGACCCAGCAACAUGGCAGACCAUCGCCAGCGUCCCCGAUCUCGGCGAGACAGAGACAACCACCGCCGUCAACGGAGCCAUCCAAGCCGCCGCCCAGCUUAAGCUCCUCACAGGAAAACAAAGAGGCCAACUCCUCCGCAACUGGCACCGCCUCGUACAGCAAGCCCAGGAGGACAUCGCCACCGUCAUCACCCUCGAGAACGGCAAGACGCUUGCCGAGGCCCGCGGCGAGGUAGCCUACGCCAACGACUUCAUCGACUGGUUUGCCGGCGCGGCGCCCCGCAUCGACGGCGCCGUGCCGCAAGCCUCUAACCCGUCCCAUCGAGUCGUAACGGUGAAGCAGCCCGUGGGACCCUCCCCCGAUACCCCUCUCUCGGCGCUCAUCUUGGCCCGGCUGGCCUCGGAGGCGGGUUUCCCUGCCGGCUCGCUCAGCGUCAUCACCUCCAAAACCAACACCGUGGCCGUGGGCAAGGUCCUCACGCAGCACCCCGCCGUUCGAAAAUUCUCCUUUACGGGGUCCACGGCCGUCGGGAAGCUACUCGCGGCGCAAUGCACGAGUACGGUCAAACGCGUGAGCCUGGAGCUGGGUGGCAACGCGCCCUUUCUCGUCUUCGAUGACGCGGAUCUGGAAAAGGCCGCGGACGGCAUCAUGGUGAGCAAGUUUCGUCUCGCGGGGCAGACGUGCGUGUGCGCGAACCGCGUCUUUGCUCAAGUCGGUAUCUACGACAAGCUAGCGAGCCUCCUCGUGGAAAGGGUCCGCCAAUUCCGUCUAGGCCGUGGCAUCGACGAAGGGACAACCAUCGGUCCCUUGAUCAAUGAAGCCGCCGUGACAAAGGUCCACGGCCACGUCAAGGAUGCUUUGGAUAAGGGCGCGAGACUCUUGAUCGGAGGGCAACCCGAGGAGACGCUCGGCGGCGCGUUCUUCCAGCCAACUGUGCUGGCGGACGUCCCCAACGACGCAUUGUGUGCCAGGGAGGAGACGUUUGGGCCUCUGCUUCCACUCUUCAAAUUCGAGAGUGAUGAGGAUGCGGUGAGGCUCGCAAAUGCGACAGACGUUGGGCUUGCGGGGUACUUUUUCACCAAGAACAUUUCUCGCGCGUGGGCUGUGGCGGAAGCACUGGAAGUCGGAAUGGUUGGUGUGAACACGGGUAUCAUCAGCGAUGUAGCCUCGCCCUUUGGGGGAGUCAAACAGAGCGGGCUGGGACGAGAGGGUUCGAGUAUCGGCAUCGACGAGUUCCUCGAGGUGAAGAGUAUUACAUUUGGAAUAAGUUAG